GCAAUGGCCCCGCCUCUGAUCCCCUUGUUGCACUAUCCUCUAAUUCUCAAAUGUGCUCUCGCCGAGCCACAAUUGCGUGCAAGUUCAUGGCCACCGCGAUGAGAGAGCGAGAGAGAGAGAGAGAUUGUAGUAGCAGAAUAUGACCUCUUGGCGAAGCUGGGAUGCAUUGAGCUUGAGUGAACACAGGUAAGAAGAAUGCGGGGCGGCAAUCUCUCUGGCAGUGAAGGUGAGGAAGAUAAGAUUGCUCGCUCGAUAGGAGUUGUGCGUGGAAGAGGAGUAGCUGCGCUGGUUUCAUCAAUUGCGGUGUGAAUGGCUUCCUUCCUGUGUAGGAAAAACGUAGAGUGAGAGAGAGAGGGAGAGAGAGGAACGGGAAGUCGAGGGGAAUUCGUUCUCGGGAUUUGUAGGUAGGAAGGAAGGCAUUUAAAGCUUUCAAGAGAUUGUGUGCGAGCGGAUGAACACGGGCGUGCUCGUAGGAAUCUUUGGUGCAGUCGGAAGAGGAAUUGAGACAUCAGGGAACAAUGGCUUGUGCAAGCGUUACAGGUCACCUUCUGGAGUCGGGCUUGGUGGUGCCUGUGUGCAGGACUCGGAAGCCUUCUUCCUUCUCUCCUCCUAAACCGAAAUUUUUUACUGUUCGACGAUCUCUUGCGAUCAGAGCGAUGUCAGGAAGUCCAGCAGUUUCCCUCAAGGAGAAGGAAGGUACUCCGAAAGGAAGUAUGGGCUCCCUCAUCAGUACUGAUCCUCCGAAGGGGACCCGAGAUUUUCCACCCGAGGACAUGCGCCUGCGUACAUGGCUGUUCAACAAUUUCAGAGAGGUGUCUAGGUUAUUUUCUUUUGAGGAAGUCGACUUCCCAUUAGUAGAGUCUGAAGAACUUUAUACCCGCAAAGCUGGUGAAGAGAUUGUUGGGCAGCUCUAUAAUUUUGAGGACAAAGGUGGGAGAAAGGUGGCGCUACGGCCUGAACUCACACCCUCUUUGGCCCGCCUUGUAUUGCAGAAAGGGAGAGCACAAUCGUACCCUUUGAAGUGGUUUGCUAUCGGCCAGUGCUGGCGGUAUGAGCGUAUGACCCGCGGACGUCGCAGGGAGCACUAUCAAUGGAAUAUGGACAUCAUUGGUGUUCCUGGAGUUGAGGCUGAAGCUGAGCUCUUGUCAGCUAUUGUGACAUUUUUCACAAAAUUGGGCAUCACGUCUAAUGAUGUUGGGAUCAAAGUUUCGAAUAGAAAGGUGCUUCAAGCAGUACUGGAGAAGUUCAACAUCCCGGUUGAUUCCUUUCCGGCCGUGUGUGUGAUUGUUGAUAAGUUGGAGAAACUUCCAAGAGAGGAAAUCGAGGGUGAGCUGGAUAAAGCUGGUGUCCCUAGUAAUGCCGUUGAGGGAAUCUUGAAAGCACUUAGUCUUAAAUCGUUUGAUGAUCUCGAAGCUCUGAUAGGGGCACAGAGUGGUGCAGUGGCAGAGUUGAAGCAACUCUUUGCCUUAGCAGAAGGUUAUGGUAUUCAGGAUUGGCUUCAUUUUGAUGCCUCAGUGGUGAGAGGCUUAGCGUACUACACCGGGACCGUAUUUGAGGGUUUUGACAAGGACAAAAAGUUGAGAGCUAUAUGUGGAGGCGGUCGUUAUGACAGGUUACUUUCCACCUAUGGAGGCCAAGACACACCUGCUUGUGGAUUUGGUUUUGGAGACGCUGUUAUUGUCGAGCUUCUGAAAGAGAAGAAAUUGCUGCCUGUUCUCCCCCAUGUGGUGGAUGACGUUGUGAUGGCUUUGGAAGAUUCAUUAAGAGUACCUGCAGCAGGAGUUGCUGCUCGCUUGCGCAGUAAAGGUCGGGUUGUUGAACUUGUCAUUGAGAAGGGCAAGAAAAUGAAAUGGGUGUUUAAACAUUGUGACACGCUGAAAGCUAAGCGUUUGGUGCUUCUUGGUUCAACCGAGUGGGACCAAGGGAAAGUAAAUGUGAAGGAUUUGGAUGCGCGAGAACAGACAUUGAAGACAGUGGAUGAGCUCAUCGAAAGUACAUAGGUGCCUUUGAGGUAUUCCUUGUUCACCGGCAGAAGUUAUGUACGCUAUCAAAUAGCUAAUACACAUUCUUUGAGAGGCUCGUCCUUUAGUUUAUACCUUCUAAGUAUUACAGUAUUUGGUCUAGAUAUCUCACACAAGACUACCAUUUUUACAUUAUCAAACACAUGGGAAGUAGUAAUUACUGCCCCUUGUGAUGAUUUUCUGUUCCUGUAGCACACAAUGCAGUUGCAGUUCUCAGUAAUUCAACGCUUGCGGCACUUUUUGUUUGAUAAUCAGAGCGGGGCUGGGCUGUAAUCCCCUUCAAAAAUA